GAUUCGUCCAAUUCUGGGCGCCCCGAGAGGUCGAGCUGUAACCCCGCCCCUUCCUCUGUCCUUAACCCGUUGGCUCUUCCUUUUGGUACGCUCCAAGAUGGCUGCCUCCAUAGUGCGGCGCGGGAUGCUCCUGGCGCGGUAAAAGAUACCUGCUUUCUGCAGCCUAUGUAGACAGCCACAAAUGGGAAGCAAGAGAAAAAGAACAUUAUUGUCUUGCUGAUCUUGCAUCUUUAAUGGAUAAAACAUUUGAGAGAAAGUUGCCUGUUAGUUCUUUAACAAUAUCACGGCUUAUAGACAACAUUUCCUCUCGGGAAGAGAUAGAUCAUGCAGAGUAUUACCUUUACAAAUUUCGACACAGCCCCAACUGCUGGUACCUAAGAAACUGGACUAUCCACACCUGGAUUAGGCAGUGUCUAAAAUAUGAUGCACAAGACAAAGCCUUAUAUACCCUUGUAAAUAAGGUUCAAUAUGGAAUUUUUCCAGAUAACUUUACAUUCAAUUUACUGAUGGAUUCUUUCAUAAAGAAAGAAAAUUACAAAGAUGCUUUAUCUGUGGUUUUUGAGGUCAUGAUGCAAGAAGCCUUUGAAGUGCCUUCCACCCAACUUCUCUCCCUCUAUGUUUUAUUUCAUUGUCUGGCAAAGAAGACAGACUUCAAUUGGGAAGAGGAGAAGAACUUUGGUGCAUCCCUAUUGCUUCCAGGCCUAAAACAAAAGAAUUCAGUGGGUUUCAGUUCCCAGUUGUAUGGCUAUGCACUACUUGGGAAGGUGGAGUUGCAGCAAGGGCUAUGGGCUGUGUACCACAACAUGCCUCUGAUAUGGAAACCAGGCUACCUUGACAGAGCCCUUCAAGUGAUGGAGAAAGUGGCUGCCUCGCCAGAAGACAUAAAGCUGUGUAGAGAAGCGCCUUUCUUCACCAUGUGCUUUUGGGCCAUAAAACAUUUAGUUGCUGACCCUCUUUCUGCUCCACAGCUCGAUGUGCUGGAUGCAGUGCUGAAGGCUCUGACUUCGGCUGAUGGGGCUUCAGAGGAGCAGUCCCAAAAUGAUGAAGACAACCAGGGGUCAGAAAAACUGGUGGAGCAGUUAGACAUCGAGGAAACAGAGCAGUCCAAGCUUCCUCAAUACCUGGAACGAUUUAAGGCCUUACAUUCUAAGCUUCAGGCUCUGGGCAAAAUUGAGUCAGAAAGUCUUUUAAGUCUGACCACCCAGCUUGUCAAGGAAAAUCUCUCCACCUGUGAAGCAGAGGACAUCGCCACCUAUGAGCAGAAUCUGCAGCAGUGGCAUCUAGACCGUGUACAGUUGAUCCAGAGAGAACAGCAGCAGAGGGAGCAAGCGAAGCAGGAGUACCAGGCUCAGAAAGCAGCAAAGGCAUCUGCCUAAUAGGGUCCCCCAGGGCCCCACCUCUCUCACAAGAACUUCACUCAACCCCAUGCCAGGACUCAGCAGUGGCCUGGACAACAGCCUCAGCUUGCUCUACCCAUCUUCUUUUCUUAAAGCAGGCUUUGUGCCCUACAUGGCAAGGCACCAUGACUGCCCAUCGAGAUCCCAAGAAGGGCUGUGGAACUAUGCAGGUGGCUAGUGGUCAGACUGAAGUCACCAGCUGAAUACCUUAAGGAGGACCUUGAGGCUCAUGAUGGAGUUCUUGGGGCACAGGGAUUAGUUAUGAGCAUUAAAGUUCCUAAGACCCAAUGACGGUACUGGGAGAAACCAAGGCUGAAGAGUCAGGUUGAAGCACAGGCUUUUGUUUUUUGUUGUUUUUGUUUUUUGAGACAGAGUCUCAUUCUGUCACCCAGGCUGGAGUGCAGUGGCGCGAUCUCGGCUCACUGCAACUUCUGACUCCCAGGUUCAAGCAAUUCUCCUGCCUCAGCCUCCCGAGUAGGUGGGAUUACAGGUGCGUACCACCACACCUGGUUAAUUUUUGUAUUUUUAGUAGAGACGGGGUUUCACCAUGUCAGUCAGGCUGGUCUCAACCUCUUGACCUCAAGUGAUCUGCCCGCCUCAGCCUCCCAAAGUGCUGGGAUGAUAGGCGUGAGCCACCGCGCCUGGCCAAGCACAGGCUUUUGAAUGGUCUCCCUCUCCCCAGCCCAGGUACAUGAGGCCAAGGUGAACUGUGCAUCCUGAGACCUUGUGUCCCUGAGUCUCCUCUCUGAGUGCAAGCUGCACUGUGAGCUCGCUGUGGGAUACUCACACAUUCCCACAUUCUCCUUUCUGCCACAUCUCGCCCUUCUGGACCUGCACUGGGAGAAAUUCAGGACAGGAGUGAACUCAAGGCCAUGCACUCACUGGAUUUCCAUUUUUAGGCACCCAUAGGGACAUUUUUAGGAUGUAAGUUUUUGAGGAGAAAGCUAGUUCUAGCAUGAAGCCUUUUGGAUUGGCUACUCCAUCGUGUUGGGGUAACAUUUUUUUUCCAAUUUUUUUUUUCCAAAACAUCGUCUCAGCUCAUUUAUCAAGUAGUUAAAAUGAGCCUUUUUUGCAUACACAGAGGCACACAUGCGCGCGCACACAACUUGUGAACACACAUUUCUGUUGAAGUUAGAAAAGGAGAAAUGGGUUGGGGCUUGAAGUGCAUCAGAGGUAUGAAUGUUGUAAAACUGUCAGGAGAUGGAAAAUUCCUUUCUGAAGUUUCUCUUCUGUGAAAGGGGUCAGGGCAGAUUUUGCUUACUAUGUAGUGUUGCCCUUAAGUACAGUGGUGUAAUUUUAUUCAAGAUUGUGCUCUUCUGUCAAAAACCUCUGGAAAUAAAUGUUCUGGGAUCAUGUUA